AUGCGAUCCUCGGCCAAGUCGCCGCUAAGCACUCGGAUCGAAGAAGAGAUAUUUGGAAACCACAUUUGUGAGACGCUGCGAUUCCAGAUCCCGAACGAAGAGCAAUUCCGACAGCAGGUGAUAAACAGGGUCAUGCCUAUUCAAGGAAACAUUGUUCAGGAGAGACAAGAAAUCUCGGACAAGGAUCACGAGAUGAUUCAUGAUACGACAUUCUUGGUGAACUGUGCUGCAUCUGUGAACUUCGAGGGCUCCCUGCGAAUUGUUCUUUCGCCCUUCGAGGCGGUUACGCGGAUGCAUAAUCUGAAGAAGAUCUUUCACGCGAUGAACCAAAUGUCGGACGACGAGAUCAAUUUGUUCAAGCGCACGAUCGUUCUCAAGACCAACCCGACCACGUACUCGUUUACAAAGUCACUGGUGGAGCACUUGAUCCAGAGUCGAUACCAGCCAAUGAGCUUGCCGAUCAUCACUGUACGCCCGCCUGGCGUCGCUGGCGCUCUCGAGGAACCAGUGCCCGGAUGGAGUGAGGGCUUGGGAGCCACUUUGGGUAUCAUGGCCAAUUGCGGCCUCGGGCAUGUGCAAGAGUGGGCUGCAGAUGAGCUAUGA